UAACAAACUGUCAAACCAAACAACAACAAUGUCUGAAGAGGAUGAUACUUGGACUGCUGAUAGGAAAAACAAAGAUAUGCGAAUGUUUCAAAGUUGUUCAAGUUUCGAAUUAUCGGAUCCUCAUGACCCUGUUCUGAGCCGCUUAGCAACGCAGAUGUUUAAGCGCACAAAUGACUAUCUACAGGGAGAAAUGACUGCUGGACAGGACCAUUAUGUUCUCUUAGAAGAGAUUAACAGAUUGGUGAUAACUAAAUAUGCAGAUCUUCGGUCUUUGGCUGUUAAUCUGACAAAGUCAAUCAAUGAGAGCAACGAAAAAUAUGAAACUGAAAUAAAGCCAUUACUGCAGCACAUUGAAGACAUAGACAAUGAAAUGUCUGUACUUGAGGCCACAGCUUUUCGUUUGGACAGCUACACUAAACAACUUUUGGCGCGUUUUGUGGAACUUCUGGACAUUGAUAAUAACAGCAACGAGAAGUAAUUUUUGCAUUUUGUGUACUUAUUUAAUCUUUUAAAUACAACUUUUUAUAUUUGUACAUACUAUGGGGAUAUUGUUGCCAACAUUAUACUUAAGUUUAAACAUAGUAUGAAGUGAAGUAGCAAUUUUAAUUCAUCAUUUUGUGAUUACAUUUUUAAUCUAUUGUUA